UUCCAGAAGAUGAAAUGCAUCAUACGUUAAUUUUUGAUAAAAAUACUAGUGGUCACGAAUUAGAAACAUCGACAUUGCAAGGCAAUAUAUUCAAUGUUGAUGCUAUCGCUGGAGGCAGUAAUUUCCAAACGUGUUGAUAUAUGGGAGCGACAAGCUCAAGAAAAAGUCUGCGGGUUCUAGCGAAUGAUUCUACCAGAGUUUGCUCUGUUCAAACCAAUAACAAUAUCGAAAUGAAAGGCACGAAUGCGGAAAACCACCGCGAAGCUUCGCAACCAACAGAAUCUCAAAACGAAGACAUGGAAGAAAGACUUACAUCGGGUAAAUACAAUGUCAAAACCGUGGCAGUAAGCGAAGGCUUAGUAAAAUUAAAAGAACAGAUCACUACAACAGUUGAUGAUCAACACAAUCAAGGAGAAGGCAUCGCCGAGGACGAAUCAGGCGUGAUACUAACUUCGUUCAUUGAAAAAAAUCCGAAACUAGAAGAAGCGUUGAAAAAGACGAGAGAUCAUUACAGGGGAUUGAAAGAAGCGUUCGCUAGUGGAGUCCUGGGGACAGCAGAAGUGGAAGAACACUUAAAAGGCCUUUUCACCGCUUAUACCAACCAACACAAACCAGUGAAAGCUGUGUUAACAGAUUUGACCGUGCGCCUAGGUCUUCCAAAGCUUGCCUACGAUAUCAUCGCUGAGCGAAGAAGUAAUUGUCCAGAGCUAACAACAUGGGAUAGAGAAAUAGGAGCAGAAAAACCACCUGAGGAAAAGGAAGCGUCAGCGAAUCCCGAGAAAACGGAAUCUGAGAAAGAUGAAAAGAAGACAUCGAACCCGUUAGAAUUACUGCAAGAUAUCAUCUGCCUGUUUCUGGGAACCCUUCUAAAUUAUUCUGACCUGCAUGAUGAGUUUUGCUUAGAGUGCAAUGAAGUUGGUAUGGUUCAGCUUUUUGUAGAGAUGUCCAAAAAACUCCAAGAUUCAAUUCCACACAAUGUGAAAUAUGUAGAACCUAAAACACAGCGUCUAAAGAAGUUCACAGUGCGGGGAAAAAUGCUGUCCAGGAGCUUGGGGAUUCUUCACAAUUUAUCGAAACGUGUACCAACAAGAACGAACUUUGCCUCUGCCCAGGCAGUGAACUCAUUGCUUCUCCCACUUCUUAAAGCUGAAAUCACUUUUUACAGCGCUAAGAGUCUGCUUGUAUUGGCGUAUCUAAUUGAUGAACAAAAUAACCAUUUGAUCAUGGCGGAUGCGGAACCAAUCAAUUUUCUCAUACGCUUGCUGAGAAAGGCCAUAGGGACAGACUACCACAGAUAUCUAGGUUUUUCUGCCCGUGAAAUAGCUGAGGGACUGACUCAGAUUGCAGUCAACGAUAACAACAAAAAAACGAUUGUUAAAUGUGGAGCCAUUCCAAUUCUUGUCAAUAUGCUACAAAACGCCAAAGAUGACGAGGAGAGAGUUAAUGCCUGUAACACGUUAUGGACGCUGGCGUUUGACGAGGAAAACAAGAAAAAUAUCAAAGAGGACGAGCAUGCCUGCGCAGAACUGCGAAAACUUCUGACGUCAAACAACAGAGAAGUGAAAAAAGCUGCUGCUGGCGCAUUGUGGGAAAUCGAAGGAAAAGAGAAACAUGCAGAGGAUAAACAACAGUCAGUUAAAAAAUCAGACGCCAAGCACGUGAUGAUCAGUUACCAAUGGGAUGUACAAAAACUCGUGAUUCAGAUCAAAAACAAACUUCAAUCGGACGGCUUCAAGGUUUGGAUGGACAUCGAUGAGAUGGGCGGCUCUACUCUGGAAAGUAUGGCCAGGGCUGUGGAGAAUGCGAGUGUUGUGUUAGUCUGUGUGUCUCAGAAAUACAAGGAGAGUCCAAACUGUAGAUCAGAGGCGGAGUACACCUAUCAGCUACACAAAGACAUCAUCCCCUUGAUGAUGGAUGGUAAAUACAGACCUGAUGGUUGGCUAGGCUUUAUUGUGGGAUCCAAAUUCUGGAUUGACUUCAGUGAAAAACACAAACUGGACUCUAAUGUUGACAAACUUGUGAAAGAACUGGGAACCAGGGGAAAAAUUGAACUCCAAGAAAAUGCCAUGAAAGCCACCGUUAUGGACGUUGUUGACGCCUCGCCCCAGUCCACCAUCAGAUCGUGGACAUCAAGUGAUGUGAAAGCUUGGUUAAUGGAUGUUGGACUGAAAGACAGGUUGGAUUCCAACACUUUAAAAAGGCUAAAUGGUCAGAUUUUGUUGCGGCUGCAAGAUCUCAGGAAAGAGAGUCCAGAAUUCUUCUAUUCGUCAGUGAGGACAGAUUUUAAACUGGGCACUGUAUUUGAUGUUCUGGAAUUUGUGGACGCGUUGGAUAAAUUAAUGGAGUAGUUUCAGCAUGGACAGCUAAGA